GAGCCAUUCGUAAGCAAGAGGCGCCAACACUGUGUGACAUAUGCCGGUGCCACCACUGCCACCCCCACCUCUUCCUCCACCCCCUCCACCUCUGGGGGCUCCUCCCCCUCCACCCCCACCAGGGCCCCCGAUCAGCACAGACGCUCCCAGCUUAAAGAAGUCAGAUCUGAAAGGUCGGAGUGCACUGUUGGCUGAUAUCCAGCAAGGAACACGCCUGCGAAAAGUCACCCAGAUCAAUGACCGCAGUGCCCCACAAAUUGAGAGUCCAAAAGGAACCAGCAAAGAGGGAGGAGCUGCUGGCAGCAAUGCCCGUGGAGGAAGCACGCCCCCUGCCCUGGGAGAUCUCUUUGCUGGUGGCUUUCCUGUGUUGAGACCAGCAGGCCAGCGGGAUGUGGCAGGUGGCAAGACCGGACAGGGCCCUGGCUCCCGAGCGCCUUCUCCCCGGCUCCCCACCAAAGCCAUCAGCGGCCCCCUUCCCGCUCCUGCAUCCCCCAGGCUAGGCAAUGCCUCAGAGACACACAGCUCUGCCAGGCCAGUCCCUCCUCGCCCCAGUAUACCUGCCCCACCGCCUCCCACUACACCCCCACCCCCGCCUCCACCUCCACCUCCACCUCCACCUCCACCUCCGCCCCUCCCCGCAGCCUCCCCCAUCAAAGCCCCAUCGGUGUCCCCACCUGUCCCUCCAACCAAGGGGAAUCCGUCUGCGGUGCCAGCCCCUAUACCCUGCGUACCUCCCCUUCCGCCCCCUCCCCCGACUCCGCCCCCUCUGCCCCCAGCCUCAGCACUCAGUGAGAAGGCAGUGAGGCCCCAACUAGCCCCGCUGCACCUGCCACCCAUACCACCUCCGCUUCCUCUCCUGCCACCCUAUGGGUACCCGGCGCUCCACUCAGAGCCCAGCAGCCCUGCCCAGGAGGUGAGAGAGCCUCUAGCUCCUCCUCCACCGCCGCCGCCACCACCACCACCUCCACCACCACCGCUCCCCACCUAUGCCUCUUGCUCUCCAAGGGCCGCUGUGGCCCCGCCCCCGCCCCCGCCCCCUCCCCCGCCCCCUUUGCCAGGCUCCAGCAACAGCGGCAGCGAGACUCCUCCCCCGCUGCCCCCCAAGUCCCCCAGCUUCCAGACGCAGAAAGCCUUGCCCACACCUCCAGGUGCUCCCGGCCCUCAGAUCAUCCUGCAGAAGAAGCGUCGAGGCCCAGGAGCUGGUGGAGGAAAGCUAAACCCACCUCCAGCCCCACCUGCAAGAUCGCCCACCACCGAGCUCUCCAGCAAAAGCCAGCAGCUCGGAGGACAGCUGCGGAACGGAGGCCAGCACGUGAUUGAUGACUUCGAGUCUAAAUUCACGUUCCACUCCAUGGAAGACUUUCCCCCUCCAGACGAAUACAAACCAGGUCAGAAGAUUUACCCCAGCAAGGUCCCCAGAAGCCGCACACCUGGUUCCUGGCUCCAAGCUGAGGCAGCUGGGCAGAGCUCUGAUGACAUCAAAACCAGAAAUUCUCAGUUAUCUCUAAAGGCACUCCGGUGAGAAGAUGGUGACGUCAAGGUCCUGGGGUUCUGGACUGGACACCAGGACAACUCCUCGAGACUCUACUGUACUCAAGCUCUACUCAUUUGAAUGCAGGCUCUGAACUGAGCAUUUUUUUUUUGUAAAUAAUAAUUUGCACGAAGCCCUUAGGCACCAUGUUAGUCAACUUUCAUUUGAGUAACAUUUUAAUAUUUUUAAAACAAGCACCCUGACAUUUGUCCGUCUUGUACAGAUGGCUCCCGAUCCCGCCCUGUGGUGUCCACUGUGACUAGAACAUAUGCUUGCAGGCUGGUCCUUCGAGGAUUCUGAAACCUUUUCCAGAGCAUCCUUAGUUUUCGAGUAGUCCAACAGUCAUAACCAUCCACAACAGCUUCUUAUUGGCAUGACUCUCAUCACUCCAACCGCAAAAUCAAACCAAAUAAUGCCUUAUAAACCACGCAGCUCAGAGGAAGCAGUGUGUCCCCAGGUCCUGGUGUUGCCACUCAGCUUCCAGUGAGCGAGAAGCCAUGUCUCGCUUCCUUUUAGCAGUACAGGGACGUCAUUUUGCUGCCUAAUGUGUGUAUAUAUAUUUAUAUCCCAAGGUAAAGGCUAGAGUGGGCGUGGCCCCUCCCAUGCCUUCCGCAGGCCCCUUUUGUAACUGAAUUCUUUUACAGGUAGCCAAUGCGCUUACUGUUUACAGCAUCCCCAGCGCCCAGUCUUUACCGCUUUCCUUCAACACCUCCAUGCUCCCAGCUCCAUGCUGGUAGCCAGGGUAAAGUCAGCUUUAUGAGAUUUUGAUAUCCUCCCAUCCCUGUAGACUACGGUUGUAUAUAGCUCAUGAUUAUGAUGUUUAUUUUUACCUCAGAAGUCUCCCUCCCCAAACUCUACUCAGAGUGUAAGAUUUACAUGGAAAAUACAACAUAUAUUUAAAAAGAACAAGAACAAAAGGAGGCUGGAGAAAUAGACCCACUGGUAACGU